UUCAUCGAAAAUGCGUGCGAUUUUGCUGGUCGGUUUGGCCCUGAUAGCGAGCUGCGUGGCUAGUCCUGCAGCCUCGAAAGUUGAGCCACAGCUAUACUACCACGAUGCCGUGGGAUUUGAUCUCGCGGCUCGGAUCAAAGUUAAUGAAGAAGCCGCGAUAGAGAAGUUGUUGGAGAAUGCAAUCAGAGGAGAACCUGUUGAGUCCACCGGCAACAGGAUCGUUGGAGGAGCUGCUGCUGCCUCUAAUUCAUACCCGUUCUUGGCUGGCCUAAUAAUUUCCUUCGUGAACGUCGCUGGUCAGUCCGUGUGUGGUUCCUCUCUGCUCUCCGCCAACCGGUUGGUGACCGCAGCGCAUUGUUGGUUCGACGGCAGGAACCAAGCUAGACAGUAUGAAGUUGUCCUUGGCUCCCAAUUCAUCUUCUUCGGCGGCACUCGCGUCCACACCCAAAAUGUGAUCAUGCACCCGCAAUGGACCCCUGCUACUCUCGCAAACGACGUUGCCAUGAUCUAUUUACCAACAAACGUUUUAUUGUCGCAAUCCAUCCAGCCCGUGGCGCUACCGAGCGACUUGCACGACACGUUCGCCGGACAGUGGGCAAUGGCCGCAGGUUAUGGGAGAACCAGCGAUCAGCAAACCGGUAUUACCAUGAGUGCAGAGAUCUUUCAUGUGAAUCUACAAAUCAUCACCGUGCAGCAGUGCAUGUCUGUCUUUGGACCUACGUUCGUGCAACAGAGCACACUUUGCACCAGUGGCGCUGGCGGCGUUGGAAUUUGUGGAGGAGACUCCGGCGGCCCCCUCGUUGUAACCCAGUUCGGACAGCGCGUUUUGGUCGGCAUAUCCUCGUUCGUGAACGCCGCUGGCUGCCAGUUGGGAUCUCCGUCAGCUUUCGCCAGAGUGACCAGCUUCCACAGCUUCAUUCAACAACAUAUGUGAUACGAUUGUAUUUAAAUAGAAGCGACGAAGUGCUGUUCAUUAAAAGCUUGAUUUUUAUAAGAGAUUUUGAUUGUAAAUAUAUCCUAAAUUAUU